GCCUCACUGCGCUGCACUGAUCACACACUCGCCAGCCUGACUACCUUCUCCGGUCCAACAACCCUGGGACAUCAGCACCCAGGCAGAGACAGCAUGGUGGGGAAGAAGUUGGUGAUGGAGGCCCGCCUGGCCUCCGUGCUUGAGGACCAGGGAGGGGAGAGGGACACCGAUGGGCGGGGCCUGGAGGAGGGGGAGGAGGAAGACUGUCGGGUUGGUGGAACCCAUGGAGCCCUCAGCCUGGAGGACGGCCAGACAGUGACCCAGCCAGGGACGGUCUCCGGCGGGCGGCGGUCCCGCCCCGAGGGGGAGGUGCCAGGCGAGGGUCAGCAAAGGGAGGGAGAGGAGGAGGAGGAGGAGGAGGAGGAGGGCGCAGAGGGCCAGGGCAGGGGGACAGAGUGCGUCAUCAGCGAGGACGGCGAGUACGACACCGACUUGGAGAUGGAAGGUGAAGCAGGGGCGUACGACCCCACAGGCCAGGCCAGCUACAGGGAGGCGUGUCGCAUGCUCGGGGUGGUCCCAGCAUCCUAUGCUCUCAGACACCUUCAGAGCAGUGAGCUCAUCAUGAUGCACCACGGCUUGGGCCCACAGGGUACCAAAGCGCUGGCCGUUCCCUUGGUAACCAACACCUCCAUCCUGAAGCUGAACUUGAGGGAUAAUUGGAUGGAAGGGAUGGGAGGAGUGGCAGUGGCAGAUAUGUUAAAGGAGAACUGUUACAUCACAGACGUGGACCUGUCAGAGAACCAGCUGGGGGAGCGUGGCGCGUGGGCGCUAGCCAGCACGCUUCAGGAGAACAGCACGCUGGUCAGACUGGGCCUGGCAGGGAACCAGCUGGGGGAUGGGGCUGGCCGGCCGCUGGCACACGCCCUGACCUCCAACACCCGCCUGGAGAGCCUGGAUCUGAGCCAUAACUCCCUGGGAGAGGAGGCAGGGAAGGUUCUAGGACCAGCGCUGGCUGAGAACACGGGUCUGAGACAUCUGAGCUUGGCCUGGAACUGCCUGCGAGGGAGAGGAGCCGUGGCCCUGGCUGCGGGCCUGGGGGCUAACAUAUUCCUCCGUAGCCUGGACUUGUCCUAUAACGGCUUCGGACGAGAAGGUGCGGUGUCGCUAGGAGAAGCUCUCAAAGAUAACAACACUCUGGAGGAGUUGGAUAUAAGUAACAAUCGUAUACCCCCCGAGGGGGCCAUUCGCUUCACAAUGGGACUCAAAGUAAACAAGACAAUCAGAGCGCUUCAGAUGGGCAGAAACCCCAUACAGACAGCAGGCUGCUACGGAGUCCUGAAGUCCAUUCAGGAAAACUCACAGUCUGCUGUUGAGUCUUUGGACUUCUCUGACAUCCCUGUGAACCAGGACUGUGAGGACCUGCUGAGCUCCAUGAAAGACGCCUUCCCAAACCUGACGGUCAAACACGGAGGGAGAAUCGACACGUUCAGGAAAGCCAAGCGCUGAAAGAGUGUCUCGUCGCGUGGCCUGUGUGCUCCGCUCUCUCCUCGUGAUGACGAGGAGGAGAUGAAUAUGUCUCUCGUUCUCAAGAUGGCAAAUGAGCUGAUUCUCCACAGCACCAUGUGGCACUACGUCGAGCGUGACAGAGGACGCCUGAUAACUCAACUAAAUCUUCAUUCAACAACUUGUUAGCAUAAAUAUGUAUUUCUUUCAAGUUAUAUUUGGUUAGAAAACUGCCAUGAUUUGUAAUGAUAAAUUGUGUUAACAUGUGUGGCCAAGUUCCUGCAAAACUGUGCAUUGUACUUGAUUUAGUAGAGGCCUACUAACUAAGUUUGGGUGUGACCAUUCGGUUUAUUAUUUAUAUAUAUGGUAUCCAGAGGUGUGGGUUUACCCUUUAGGUUAAUAGACCUUUAUCCUUCAGUUUUAACCUUUAACAUAGUGGAAAGGAGCAACUAGAUUAAUCUGGUAUUUCACAUAUAUUUCUGUCUAAUUAUGUCUACUGUAUAGUAUACUGAAAA